UCCCGCUCCUAAUUCCCCCAAUCUCUCUCUCUCUCUCUCAAAACCCUAGAUAGGCGAAUGGGCGAUUCCCCAAUCGUUCCUCCGCAUUACCAAAGAUUCACCAGGUGUUCUGCAUAAAACCUAGAUCGACGACUCCUUAAUCGUUCCUCUAACCAAUUUCUGUCACACUAUUGCUGGUACAUUGAAGUUGUUCUCGAUUUCACGUCGUUUCACGGAUCUAAGUAUCAUGGCACGUAGUACAGCAGAUGCCGGCAGAUGUCGUGGUUUUGUGGCAGGAUGCGGCAGAGGGCAAGGAGGCGGCAGGGGGCAAGGUGUGGUCACUGAAAAGAACAUGGCAGCAACAAGAGAACUGGGCAACAACAAGAGAACAGGGCAGCAACAAGAUCAAUAUGGUGGAGGCAGUUUUGCGAAGAAAAAACUAUCUGUAGGCAGUGUUACCAAACUUUCUGUUAGUUCUGUUCCAAAAACCGUCACUAAAGAGGAUAUCCGGCAUGCUUUUGACGAACAUGGACAAGUUGAGGUUGCUUUGGUAAAAAAUAAGAGAACAGGGCAGCAACAAGAUAUCAUGGGACGUACUACGACAAAUAUCAGCAAGGGUCGUGGCCAAGGUGUUGAUCGAAGUAGUGGUGAGCAAGGUCGUAGUCAAGGAAGUGUUCUAGGUAGUAGUGAUACCGUUGGACUAAAGUCAAAUCAGCAGCAUACUUUGAUGUCUUCUCCCAUUGAGGAGGGUAGUGAUGGUGAUGGUGAUGAUGUGUCUUCGUGUUGCUUCUACAAAGCGGGGAGGCUCUUCCCAAGUCCAAGUACCCGAACCAGUGAACCGUGAGUGGACCUAUAUUAUAGAUGGAGAGUAAGUACACAUACAUUAAUAUUGAAUUAGAAGGGUGAGAACGUUGAGAACGUUGAUUUGGAGGAUGUUGAUUUGGAGGGUGUUGAAUUAGAAGGGAAUGUACAAGAAAAAAAAUCGGCAUGGGUUGACGAUAGGGCACAUGAGACUUGGGUGAAAUAUGAGGGUAUCAUUUGGAGAAGUAUGGGGAGGAAAGUAGCCAACACCCAGAACUUGACAAAGAACUGUGGUACCGAGCUUCCGGGGGAAAGAAGAGAGGCAAAGUAUAUGGGUUAAGCAAUCUUAAGCAUGAUUUUAACGUUCAGCAUCAAGGUAAACAAGACCAAGAGAUUGAAAGAUUGAACGUGAUUAUCCAAGAUAUAGUGAAGAUAUAGUGAAAGAAAAUGAAGAAGAAAAAGAAAGGUUGAACGAUAUUAUUGCGGACUUGGUGGUGGAAAAAGAGAAAGAUAAGGCGGAGAAAGAGGCUAUGAAUGAGAUGAUAGCAAACAUUGAAGUGAUGCUAAAAGCUAGGUUUCAAAACGUAUAAACACUUUGUUUUGAAUAUGUAUUUUGUUAUGAUAACUUUGGUAUUUGAUGUUUCAAGUGGGAUGUUUUAUAUAAUUGUGAAAAUUUGAUAAUA